AACAACGAUGAUAACCUCUCAUUGGAUGGCGGAUUGGGUGGUGAACCCAGUUCGGACAUCUAUGCCGGGACAGGUAGCAAUAACAACGAAGAAUUGAAGAACCUCAAAAAUGAAAUGAUGCACCACCAUUCGCCGUUGCAAUCGAACAACAACGGUUCACUGGUGAAUGGCAAGAAUGGCAUUGGCCACACGGAUAAAUAUGACGAACUGGAUCCGCUGACUGGCCUUUACAAGCAAAAGCAUGAUAUCGAUGAGUCCGACAGCGAUUCGCACAAGGCAAACGGUGAGGGUUGUGGCCUCUUCGGCUUCCGACCCAAAUGGGCCAGUAAGUUGGCCUCGACCCAUGUCUUUAUGGUGGUGUUUCUAGUCGCCUACGUACUGCAGGGUAUGUACAUGACCUAUUUUGUGUCGGUCAUCACUACCAUCGAGAAGCUGUUUCAGAUCAAGUCCAAGACGACGGGUUUCCUGUUGAGUGCCAGUGAAAUGGGUCAGAUCAGUACGGCCAUGUUGUUGACAUAUUUUGCGGGGCGUGGACAUCGUCCGCGCUGGAUUGCCUGUGGCAUGGUGUUGUUUUCAAUAGCUGCAUUCUCCUGUGCCCUGCCACAUUUCAUAUUCGGCAAAGAUUUGCUGCAGACCACAGCCAUGUCGUAUAAUAAAAAUCGUCCCGAUCCAAUGGAAGAUUUGAUGGCCCCCAACCUGGCUGGCGAUUUGCCAUGGGGUCUGAACAAUGAAUCUAGUGUAACACUAUCUCAGUUGGGUACCCAACAUUUGGAUUUGAAUCUCUGUGUUUUGGGUAAUCACACGCAAAAUUCCACCACGGAAUGCAAUGAGGAUCGCAAAAUCGAACAGGCAUCGCAUUCGAAAAUUACCGUUAUCGUUUUGUGCAUCUUCUUCGGCAGCUUGCUGAGUUCGGGUAUUGGACAAACUGCCGUCUCCACGUUGGGCAUCCCUUACAUCGAUGACAAUGUGGCCAGCAAACAAUCGCCGAUGUACAUGGCCAUAACAAUUGGUGUCCGUAUAUUGGGUCCAGCUUCUGGUUUUAUUGUCGGCUCAUUUUGUACCCGUUGGUAUGUGAAUUUCUCCAAUCCCGGCUUUGAUGCCAGUGAUCCUCGUUGGAUUGGUGCCUGGUGGUUGGGACCAGUGGGUAUUGGCACCUUGAUGCUGUUGUCCUCAAUUGCCAUGUUUUCGUUUCCACGUGAGCUGAGGGGUAAAAAGCCACCACCACCUGCCGCAGCAGAGGGUGAAAAAGUCGCCGAUAGCCCAGCAGAACCUGAAGAGAAACCAAGAUUGAGAGAUUUCCCCAAAACCGUUCGCCGCCAAUUAAGCAACGACAUUUUGAUGUUCCGUACCGCCUCAUGUGUUUUCCAUUUAUUACCCAUUGCCGGUCUGUAUACCUUCCUGCCGAAAUAUUUGGAAACCCAAUUCCGUUUGGCACCCUAUGAUGCCAAUAUGAUUGCCGCCUUUUGUGGUAUUUUGGUUAUGGGCAUUGGCAUUGUUAUAUCCGGACUGGUUAUAUUGAAAUUGAAACCCACAGCCAGAUCUGUGGCAGCAUGGAUUGCCUUGACAGCCUUGGUGUAUUCAGCCGGUAUGGUCAUACUAAUGUUUGUUGGUUGUAAUAUGAAUGAUUUUGCCGGCUAUAAGACUGCCAACAGUAUUGGCCCCGCCACCAUUGAACCAGCCUGCAGUGCUGCCAAUCUCUGUUCCUGUGACAAGGAACAAUUUGCCCCGAUUUGUGGUAUUGAUGGUAAAAUUUAUAUAUCACCCUGUCAUGCGGGCUGUUCGACGGCCAGUAUGCGUAGCAGUGAUAAUCAUACGGUCUUCUCCAAUUGUACAUGCAUUCCAGAUGUUACCGAUCCCUUGCUUACCUCGCUACCCAACUUUGAGGCCAGCAGCGGUUAUUGUGAUAGUAAUUGUAAAAAUUUCAUUGUUUUCAUUGUGAUUUUUGCUGUCUGUGUAUUUAUGCACUCAACAUCGGAGGUGGGCAGCAUGUUGCUGGUAAUGCGUUGCACCCAUCCCAAAGACAAAGCAAUGGCCAUGGGUGUCAUACAAUCGGCCAUUGGUCUAUUUGGUAAUGUUCCUUGCCCCAUUAUCUAUGGUGCUGUGGUGGAUUCGGCUUGUCUCAUAUGGAAAUCGGUUUGCGGUAAACAUGGAGCAUGUUCAUUAUACGAUGCCGACACCUUUAGGCAUUACUUUUUAGGUAUUACGGCUGGUAUUAUGUUCUUGGCCUUUAUUAUGGAUCUAGUUGUUUGGAGUAAAGCCCACCGUAUUGAUAUUGCACCCGAAGAAAAUAAAAAAGAUGGCGAUGAUGGUGACACAAAAUCAACAGAGACUGAAUAUAAGAAGGCAUCAACAGUUGCACCAGAUACCAGAGUAUAA